ACAAAGAAGGUGGUGAAGCUUUGUUAGUACUGCUGCCCUCAGAAGAAAAAGGCAUGGUAGAACAACUGGCGCAGAGGAAAGUACCUGUCAAUGAAAUAAAAAUUAAUCCUGAGAAGAUUACAGACAUCCAGAAGAGGAUGCAAGCUUUCUUAGCUCAAGAUCAGGAAUUAAAAGAGAAAGCUCAAAGGUGUUUUGUAUCCUACUUGCGUUCAGUUUACUUAAUGAAGAACAAGGAAGUAUUUGAUGUUUUCAAAUUGCCUCUAGCAGAAUAUGCCCUGUCACUUGGUCUUGCAAUGGCACCCCGUGUGAGGUUUCUUCAGAAAGUUCAGAAACAGUUGUCAGCGAAAGAGACAUCUGAAGAGAGAAAUCCCUUGAAAGAAACAGAGCAAAACAAAAAUACCGUCUCCCCACCGAAUAAGGAAGGAAUGGAAGAACGCAGAAUUAAUUCAGGUGGAAAGUUGUCUGUUAACAGAUCAGAGGAAAAGGAGAGAAGGAAAGAAACUGAACAAUAUCCUUCUUCCCGUGAAAGCACUGAAGAGAGUGAGUCUGAAUGUGAAUCAAAAGAGGCAUUUGAGGAGGAGGAAAAAGAAGGUGCUUUGGCAAGCCGCGUUCCAAACACAAACUCCAUGCAGUUCUUUGAAGAUGAUGACGAUGACGAUGAUACUAAAGAUCUUGAUUUGCUGACAGUGAAACGACGGGAUGUUUUUGACUUGGAAUCUAAAGACAGUCCAGCGCUGGAAGCAUCGUUUGCUGCAUAUGUUGUUGCCUCAGUCACCUGAAGAGGAGGCUACUGACAUAUCCAA